AUGUCAUCAAAAGUACCGAUCUUCAGCCUCUCGAAUGGGGUUCGGAUGCCGAGUGUCGGUCUGGGUACUUGGCAGGUGAGGACGCACAGAAAGAUGAAUUCAUACGAAUGCGUUUAUACUUGAGAUGACUGGCGAAGAGGCGAAGGUUGUGAUCCGGGACGCCAUUGAAGCCGGAUAUCGGCACAUCGACACAGCGACUUUGUACCAGAACGAGAGUCAGAUUGGAGAUGCUCUUGCCGAACUAUUCGCGGAGGGCGUCGUGAGAAGAGAAGACAUUUUCAUAACAACCAAGGCAUUCUGCCACGAAAUUGCGCCGGACGUGGUGGAAGAGGCACUGAGAAACUCUUUGAAACGCCUCCGUUUGCAAUAUGUUGACCUUUAUCUCGCGCACAUUCCGGCUGCCACUAAUGUAAGAAUCGGAAAGUGGGCAAACGAAAAACAACAAAUUAACAGGAAGACGGUAGCCAUCGGACCGACGUGAAAGUGGAGGACAUUUGGAGAGGAUUCGAGAAGGUUUACGAUCUCGGACUGACCAAGGCCAUCGGGGUUUCCAACUUCAAUGAGAGUCAAUUGGAGAGAAUAAUUAAGAUAUACAAGGUCCCAAUACAUGUUUCACAGGUGAAUUGACGACGAUAUAGGUGCGAGAAUUUGAUUUGAUUUGAUUUACAGCUGGAACUUCAUUUGUACCUCCCUCAGAAAGCUCACAGAGCUCUUUGCAAGAAGCAUGAUAUCAUAAUAACCGCCUACGCAAGUCUGGGUUCUCCGGGAAGAAUGCAAGUGGUCGCUUCGAAUGGAAGACCUCUGUUCGAUGGGACCAAGGAUGCCGCGAACGAGAUGAAUGACAGAAAUGUGAAAGCGCUGGCUCAAAAAUACAGCAAAACUCCUGCUCAAGUGAUUGCAAUCUCCUUUUUCCAUUUUUCAACUCUUCUUUUUUCAGAUUAUCAUCCGUGCCACUGUUGAGAUGGGAAUCGUUGUCAUUCCGAAGACUACCAUCAAGAGUCGGCUUCAAGAGAACAUCAACGUCUUCGACUUUCCAAUGUGUCCAAUGGAUGUCAUCUUUCUGGAAUCGGACGGCAAACAUAAACAGGAACGUCUAUUUUGGUGGCCCAAGUGCGUCUCAACUUUGUUUCAGAUCAAACUCUAUUCAUUUGCAGUGUUGCCGAGCACCCCGAGGAUCCAUUUGCAGCGGAAAGAUGA